AAGUGACUUUUCAGUUUGUCAGUUUCAGGAAGUGGAGCGAAACACGAUGUAUAGUAUAACGCUUACAAAUAAAAAAGAAAAAGAAAAUCGCAAAGAGUAACGUGUUAAAUACAGGUUCGUUCACUGGUACUCGUGUACAAAUCCUUGUGAAGGGAAGCGAUUCAGUUGUGAAGUUCGCAGUCACAAUGAGCCGUGCCCCCCCUAUGCAGCCCCAGAACUGUGGCCCCUGGGAACUUAAGGAGAGUCUUGGGACUGGUGGCUUUGGCAAUGUUACCCGCUGGCAGAACAAGGACACAUGUGAUCAGAUUGCUAUAAAGCAGUGUCGUCAAGAACUGAGUGCUAAGAAUAAGGAAAGAUGGUGUUUGGAGAUCCAAAUUAUGAAGAGGUUGAAUCAUGUAAAUGUGGUCGCAGCAAGAGAGGUGCCUGAGGAGCUGCAGAAAUUAGCCACUAAUGACCUGCCUCUGCUGGCCAUGGAGUACUGCCAAGGAGGAGACCUUCGCAAGUAUCUCAACCUACUGGAGAACUGCUGUGGGAUGAGAGAAGGUUCCGUUAUGAUCCUGCUGCGAGAUAUAUCCUCUGCCCUCACAUACCUUCAUACAAAGAGGAUAAUUCACAGAGAUCUCAAACCAGAGAACAUUGUGCUCCAACAGGGAGAGAAAAGGUUAAUUCAUAAGAUCAUUGACUUGGGCUAUGCUAAGGAGCUAGACCAGAGCAGUCUGUGCACAUCAUUUGUAGGGACUCUGCAGUAUCUGGCACCCGAGUUGCUGGAACAACAGAAGUACACAGUGACAGUGGAUUACUGGAGUUUUGGGACUUUGGUGUUCGAGUGUAUCACUGGUUUCAGACCCUUUCUGCCAACCUGGCAGCCUGUACCCUGGCACAAUACGCUGAAGCAGAAGCAUGAGGAUGAUAUUGUGGUCUAUGAGGAUUUGGCAGGCGAGGUGCACUUCUCCAAACACCUACCACGGCCCCAUAACCUCAACAAUUUGUUAGCUGGCAGGCUGGAGCGUUGGCUGCAGUUAAUGCUGAGGUGGUCUCCUCAAGCCAGAGGAAAAGACACUAAGCAGAUCCCUAAAGAAAGUCCAGAUGGGACAGAGUCUGAGGAGAAGAGCAAGAAAUCUGAGGAAGGCGGCAGAGACCUGCAGAGUGGAUCCACUACCUGCUUUGAGGAAUUAGACCAAAUCCUAGACCUGAAGCUAGUCCAUGUGCUGAAUAUGACCUCAGCAGAGAUUUGUACAUACUCAGUGCAGUGUGGGGAGCCUGUUUCAUCCCUGCAGAAACGAAUUGCACAAGAUACACACAUUCCUCCAGCCAGUCAGGAGCUGCUGUUGGAGGCCGGCCUUGCUCUGGAGCCUCAUAAUGAGAUCAUGCAGUGUGCUGUAGAUUAUACCUUGGUUGACGGUCGUCGGGUUGAUAUGCCACUUGUCUUUCUGUUCAACCGUUCGUGCUGCAGCUAUGAACCUCAGUUCAGCCCUCGAAUCCUCCCUGAUAACAUUCGAUUCAUUCAGACAGAGCCUAAGCGCAUGUUGCCCUACAGCGCUCAAAGACGCACAUAUGGGCAAGCCUGGCACACCAUAAGAGCACUAAAGGAAGACUGGCUGAAAUUGCAGCAGGGCCAGAAGGCAGCCAUUAUGAGCCUGCUGAGGCAUAAUGGCUUGUUGUCCAAGCAGAAGAAUGAGAUGGUCUCUGUGCACCAGAGACUCAAAGCUACGCUUGAAUUCUUCACUACCAGUCUGCACAUCGACAUGGACAAAUACCAGGAGCAGAGGGCCACUGGCAUUGCUUCAGAGAAGUUACUAAGUGUCUGGAGAGAGAUGGAGCAAACUGCACUCAGCCAUGGUCAGACAGAUGAUGUAACUAUGUUGGAGGAAGAGAUGAUGAAAUUACAGACUGAUAUAGUAGACCUCCAGAGACAUCCUUGGAGGAGUGGAGAAGCCCUGGAGUCUCUCGAGGGGAAGGCAAUGGACUUAUUCCGCAAGCUCAGAGAGAAACCCAGGGAUCAGAGGGGUAUAGGUGAUUGUCAGGAAGUGGUGAAGCUGGUGGUCCAGGCAAUUCAGUUCUAUGAGAAAAAACUUAGAGAGUUUUACACACACCUCAGCAAGACAGUGGUGUGCCGACAGAGGGUGAUGGAGUUGCUGCCUCGGGUGGAGGGCAUGGUGAGCAGCAUGGCUCAGUGUGAGCAGGAAUUGCGUCGAAUGCAAGAAAAAAGACAGAAGGAGUUGUGGAACCUGCUUAAAGUGGCCUGUAGCAAGGUUCGGAGUCCUGUAAGUGGGAGUCCUGAUGGAGGGCGAACCCCACCUAACUCUGGUCCUCCAUUGCUACAGCACAGACCUCCUCAUCCUGACAGCCUUCUUAUUCUCCACCAACCGGAAGAAUCCAUGAUGGUCAUUGAAGAAAGCAAGACAUUUGAGAGUAGAUUGCAUAGUUUGGUGCAGGAGACAAUUAAGGAGACAGAAAUCAACAUGCAGGUGCUGCAGGAAUGGACAUGGUUGAACAGAAGCCAGGAUCUCUUUUGAUAUUUUACAUUAACUUUAGUCCCAGCGAGAAGUAUAAAAUUUUACUCAAUGCAGGGAACAGAAGAUUUUGGGACUACACUUUAUAUUACACAUGAUUAUUAUGUAAAAAGCACAAAAUAAUGAAGGUGCAUAAACAUCAGUUAUGGGAAUCAUAAUUUUAUCUGCCCAUAAUUUAAAAAAAAAUACUUAAUAUUUUAAACUGUCAAAUUCAAGAUUGUGGCCAUGGUUAUAUAUAUGGUCAUCAUUUUCCAUGAUGGCGACAAGACCAGAGAUUUGAAUCAACACACCUUUUUAAAUGGAAUUUAAUGGAAUUUUAUUUCUUUGUCUAGUCAUUCACCACAGCACAGUCAGAGUAAAACAGGUGUAAUAAAAGUUAAAGACAGCAAAUUAAUCCUUUGUCUGAAGUGCCUACAAAAAAUACAGGUAUUACAGAACUAUCUAUCUGAUUGUAUGGCAGUUAAAAUGUGAUUUAAAGUCAUUUAUAUAAAUGUGAGUGAAAAAGGAA